CAACAUCAACACCACAGCAACCCGCACAUAUCUAUUUCACCCGUCAAUCGAAACAGUCGCCUCUUCUUUCAAUCAUCACAUUCAACGAUCGAACCAUCCCUCUCAACUCCAACAUCAUUCGACUUCCCGUUCCAUCUUAUCGCAACCGUGGCAAACAUCAGCAAUGGCUCCCAGUAGAACCAACAGUCAAAGUACCAGUAGUAAUCGCAAUGGCGAGGUUGUGGGUCCUCAGGCCAACGUCCUCGCCAGCUGCUACAUCGUCGACACUACCAUGAACCUGACUGGUUUCCAUUACUCCACUACCGGGGCCGGCGGUACUGGUUUCCCUGAGGUCCGCCACAGUGAUCUGUGGGAUUCACCUCCUUCAAGUCCCCCUCUUGCGGCCUUGACUACUGCCAACGAACUCGCGCUUAUCUCGAAGCAUCCAACGAAGAAGCGCGACAUCGAGGGUAGGAGGAAUCACGGCCGUAGAGAGGGGGCAGCGUACACCAUCCGGGAAGAGUGUGAGAGGCUCUUCUGCAAGACCAUGAAAACCGUAUUCCUUGGUGAAGAAGGACAUGCGGGAAAUAAUGGCUUUAUCGUGAUGGGUGCGAACGCGCAUUCACCUCCUGACGAAAGGUUGGAUGCGUAUAUGGAUGACUAUGGCAAUGCCCAUCCCAGCCAAGGCGUCGAUGCAUGGUUGGAGAUCUGGGAUUACGCCAGUGGAUGCAGUUUCCGCGGGUUCGUUGCUGGAAAGGGAGAUGAGAAAUCUCUCUUCGCCUUCUUCGACUCCUCGGUUAUUCAAAGUGAUCUAAAACAAGGACUCAUGGCUUUGAUUGAACUGGCAGAGUCAGUAUUCGCUGUCUCACAGCUUGUCAUCUGCCUCGAUCGAUCGGUUGGCGAACGACACUGCAAAGCUUUUAUGAAAAGUCUCCGAUGGGUUGGAUUCGAGCUGAUUACUCUGGACAUGUGGGGGAACGGCAUCGACCUUACCAGUGACAAAUGGAUGUUCCUCGGCAUGGAAAUUUGAUUUUAUAUGGCGAGAAACGGAGGACACAGUGGCCCCCUAUCAUGGUCGAUUUUGCAGGCGUCCCUUGUUGAUAGGCGUUUUUCUGGUCUGGUGGCUUGGUAGCAGUAGUUUUCAGAGAUAUCCUAAAUUAUCUCACCAAUAAAAUGGCCGUCCACAGCUUCGUGUUACC